AUGGAAAAAAUUCCAGACAGACUAGGAUAUUUAAUAUUAACAGAGGAUGGUGCUGUACUAGAAUCGGGUGGAGAACUAGAAAACGACGAACGAGUUGCAACCAUUGUUACUGAUCUAAUCAGUUUAUCCAACAGUGUAGAUCCUGUGGCAUUUGCUCCAAAUGAAAAUUUUAAAAAGAUAUCUAUAACAUAUGAGGACCAUUGGUUUAUUAUCUGUUUAUCUAAUAAAAAGAUACAUGUGGUAAAACGUAGCAUACAGGCACCUGCCUCGGAAGGAAUAUCUGUUAAUGUAUAA